UUAGCUUCUUCAGGUUGACAAUUGAAUUGCAAUGAACCUCGGUCUCUGUUUUUUGUUUACCUUACUGGUGUUGAUGUCCAUCAGCCAGAAUGGGCUUUCUUACCGGAUGGCUGCCUCAGACGAACCAGUACGUGACGAUGUUGAAUUUACCGUACAAGCCGCAACUCCUCAUUGGAUCACCGUUCACUGGAAAAACUUCCGGCAACCGGCUGCAUACAUAGUGUUAGCUCAACAUUUUCCUAUCGAUUCUUUCACCAAAACUGAAUCCUGGUUUUACGGAACCAGAUGGUACUACGACUUCGGCGGUGUGAAAUGGGAAGCUUAUCACUCAAUCAAGCCGAAAAGUGAAUCUGGGCAGCUCAAAACAGUGUUUUUCGAUUCCAAAACCAUGGACAAAGUAAGUGUUUCUACAAAGUGUUUGGAUUAUCAUGCUUAUCUCGUCGAUGAAAGUGGGAAAACCUUGUCUGUUUUUUGUAUGAAAGUUUAUCCAACAUGGAUGAAUGACCUAAAAGAGCACUUGGCUAGGUUCAGAAUUCGCGAACUGUUCAUCCCGGGAACGCAUGACUCGGCAUCGUAUAAACUUGGCCCAGCCAAUCCGAACAGUCUUCCGCAGAAAUAUGGUAUCACUCAGAAUGAUAACAUCCGGCAACAACUGCUCCGAGGCAUUCGUUACAUCGAUCUAAGGGUCGGCUAUCAUCCUUCCAAAAACUGGCAUGAGUUAGUCACAGAUUUAAAUCAUAUACGCGAAUACGCUCUGGAAACCAAGGAAAUCAUAAUUGUCGAUAUGCACAACAUCGAAAACGGAGAAGAUCACGCGGAAGUUCAUGACAAGUUGGUCGAACUGUUCAAAGCAAGUUUGGGGGAUGUUUUGGCUAGUCCAGCGAUUGGUUGGAAUGGGAAGCUGCAGGAUAUUUGGAACUCCGGAAAGACUGUCAUUCUAAGCUAUAACUACGGGCAUGUGGUACAAAAGUAUAAGGACCUGUUGUGGCCUGGAGUCAAACAAAAAUGGGCCAAUGUGCAGAACCUGAAGAAUCUGUACAACUAUUUGACCGAAGUUCACCAGCAAAUGCCAAAUCACAAUUCCAAUCAACCUAUUGCUGAUAUGGCUCAAUUCACUCCUAGUGUUUUGGGAGUAGUGACGGGGAAUGAUCCAGGGCUUCGAACAUCGGCUGACUUAGUGAACCCAAACAUCAAUCAAUGGUACUUCAAUGAGUUUGGACCGACUGCAAAUAUUGUUGCGGUUGACUUUCUACGAGGAACCAACAUUGUAGAUGCAGCAAUCUAUUGGAAUCUACAGAAAGCCCCUCGCAGUUGA